GUCGCGAUCCAAGAUGGCAGCAAUCCGAAGGCUCUGCCGGCUUCACUCAAGGGAUGGGUUUGCCACACAGAUUCAGCGAUGUUUUAGUACAUCAAAACCUGCUUCUGUACAGGAGGCAACAAAACCAAAGAAACUGACAGUUAGAGAGGCUUUAAAUGCUGCCAUUAAAGAAGAAGUAGAAAGAGAUGAACGUGUCUUCUUGAUGGGGGAAGAGGUGGCGAUGUAUGAUGGUGCAUAUAAGAUCAGUAAAAAUCUCUGGAAGGAGUUUGGAGAUAAGAGAAUCAUAGACACACCCAUCACAGAGAUGGGCUUUGCUGGAAUAGCUGUUGGAGCUGCCAUGGCUGGACUACGCCCAAUCUGUGAGUUCAUGACUUUCAACUUCUCCAUGCAAGCAAUAGACCAGGUUAUUAAUUCAGCAGCAAAAACAUACUACAUGUCUGCAGGAGAGGUAAAUGUUCCUGUUGUGUUCCGUGGACCUAAUGGGGCUGCAGCUGGAGUGGCUGCACAGCAUUCACAAUGUUUUGCUGCCUGGUAUAGUCACUGUCCUGGCUUGAAAGUUGUCUCCCCCUACAGUGCAGAAGACUGCAAGGGUUUGUUAAAAACUGCCAUCAGGGAUGACGAUCCAGUGGUUUUCCUAGAAAAUGAGAUUAUGUAUGGCGUAGGUUUUGAGGUAACAGAUGAAAUCAUGUCCAAAGAUUUCCUCAUCCCACUAGGAAAGGCAAAAAUUGAAAGAGAAGGUACUAAUGUUACUCUAGUAAGUCACUCUAGGUUUGUGGGUCACUGCCUGGAUGCAGCUAAGGAAUUGGAACAGCUGGGAAUAUCGGCAGAGGUCAUCAACCUGCGCACCCUGCGUCCCAUGGACGAGGAGAGUAUCAUCAAGUCAGUGAUGAAGACAAACCAUCUGGUCACAGUGGAGGGAGGAUGGCCACAGUGUGGGAUAGGGGCUGAAAUUUGUGCAAGAAUAUUUGAAAGUCCUGCCUUCAAUUACUUAGACGCUCCAGUGGCCCGAGUGACGGGUGCUGAUAUUCCCAUGCCGUAUGCCAAAACUAUGGAACAAUAUGCUCUACCACAAGUUUUUAACAUUGUGAACUCUGUCAAAAAAGUGAUGAAUGUGCAGUAGAUCUAUUAUUUUAUUUUUUAUUAUUAUUAAUAUUAUCAUAAUUAUUACUGUUAAAAUGACAACCCUAUGAUAUUUUCUGUGGAGUUUUGGGAAGAAUAGAUGGAGGAAGCAAUUCAUUCUCAGAUUCUAGGAUACUGCUAUCACAUGGAAUAAAAGUUACAGAUAUACCAUAGACAUAAGGGUAGCAUGUAUAUAGACAGCAUUAUGUUGUUAUAAUAACAUACUUUCUGUGAGCUGCUUUUAUUUUGAAUGGUGUAGAUUAUGUUGUACACCCCGAGUUUGAGUAUCAGAUCUGUGACUAUCACAUACAUGCAUUGGCGUAUUGAGGACAGGCUCUGAUACUCACAAAUCCAGGGUAGUUUGCUGAUGUUUUUAUUUAUUUAUUUAUUAUUAUUAUGAACUUUUUUUAUGAAUUGGUCAGAGUAUACAGUGUAAUCCAAGAGUAAAGAUUGGUAUUGACAUAGCCUAAAAUGCCAGUACAAUCAUAAUGAAGUACAUGUUGCUCACAGGAAGAAAUCUCUGUCUGUUAUAAGUUGAAGACAAAAGAAUAGGGAGGCAUCUCAGUGUGAAGGGUGCUAAUAUUAAGGUAAUGCAGAACUAAAUUUUCAUAUGAAUAUUUAUCGCAUUAUAUCUUACUAACAGUAACAGCUUGGACUGAUGGAAAUUUAGUUAUUCACCAGUUAUUAUGACCUUUAAUCCUGUUUAUUAUUUUAUUAUUAUUAUUUUUUUUUUUUUUUGGGGGGGGGGUAUUAAUUCAUCUGAGGUACUAACUUUAAUAUAUGAUAUACACUCAACCAAAAAAGUUUUUAAACAUUUUGAAUUAUAAUAAAAUAAUCAUAUGAGCUUAGGUAAACAUUUCAACCAAUUAUUGAUGUAAUGUGCCCAUCAUUUGUUACUUUUUAUAUACAGUGAAGAUUUUCCCACUACAUUGCGUAGUCUUUAAAUUAUUGAAAAAACAAGUUCAUGUUUCUGAACUUUUCUGGUCGAGCGUACAUUACAGCCUUAAACUGCCAUUCAAGAUUUUUUCCCGAUAUAUUACCCUCCCAUACUUUGGAUCUGCUUCCAUUGCAUUUAAUUCUUGAUUAUUGUAAGGUGUAAGAUAGAGGCUGCUACUCCAUUGCGAUGGUCAGUUUUUGGUAUGCUUGACAUGUACAAGUUGAAGCACUGUAUUGUUGGCAUAAUACACUAUGUAUAAUAAAAAAUGUCAAAAGUACUUGACUGUGUAAUCAUA